AUGCCUCCUCGCUGGCGAUCUUCACAAGCGGUCGACGCUAGGAUCUUCAUAGGACAGGAUGAUGAUGCUACAUCGCGCAUCGAUACGCGAACCUUUUGGGGUCCCGAACCAAUUACUGGCAAAGCCCGGUUCUAUUCGAAGAAACCCUUGACGGGACUUCGUUGCAGGAUUAUCGUUCAAGGUAGCGUCAAAACCAGGACGAUCGAUGAUGCCAGCCAGUCUAUGAGUUCGAAUGCGAACCAUGAAGCACAUACCUUCCUCUCUCACGUUCUGUGCGAGUGUGAAAACAUCCAUCUCCGCACAGAAAUCGAACUACCCUUCGCCUUCAAUCUACAACACCUUCCCCGAGCAUCCUACCUCACCACGACUUCCACUCUCAGUCAACAACUCCUCCCCUCCUUAGAUUCCAAAAACGCCCAACGGCACUGGUCCGAUGCAUUCAAAUCUGGCUCUACCGCGUAUUACGAAAUCACAUAUACCCUCAUUGCCUCUGCACACGUGGAGAACAAGCUCAUAUCCUCCACCACGAAAAUGUUCCACUAUGUGCCCACACUCACAUCUCCUCCUACUUCAUUUCCCGUAGAAGACUUUCCCGAAGAUUAUACUCUUCGCGUGAACAAGAUACUGCAAUCACAGCCCGGCGGAACUCCACUCACUCUCAGCAGCAGCAGCAGCAGACUGGGCAUCAUCACGCAAGAGCCCCCUCCAAAGAAGAAGAAGAAGAAGAAAUCUCUACCCACUCCCUGA